UUCAAGCCCUAUGAAGAAGAUUCCGAAGUUCAUUUUGGACAGCUUAAGAAAUUCUCCUUGCGCGAACUGGAAAUUGCGACAGACAAUUUCAGCAAUAGCAACAUCCUUGGAAGAGGUGGAUUUGGUAAGGUUUACAAAGGGCGUUUGGCUGAUGGCUCUUUAGUUGCAGUUAAGAGACGAAAAGAGGAACGCACUCAAGGCGGGGAGAUGCAAUUCCAGAUCGAGGUUGAACUGAUCAGUAUGUUAGUGCAUAGAAACCUUCUCCGUUUACUUGGCUUUUGCAUGACACCAACAGAGCGGUUGCUUGUUUACCCGUACAUGGCAAAUGGAAGCCUUGCAUCACACUUAAGAGAGCGAAGAGACUCAGAUACACCACUCGAUUGGGCAAAGAAGAAGCGCAUUUCUCUUGGAGCUGCAAGAGGGUUGGCGUAUUUGCAUGACCAUUGCGACCCGAAGAUUAUUCAUCGUGAUGCGAAAGCUGCGAAUAUCUUGCUGGACGAGGAGUAUGAAGCCGUGGUGGGCAACUUUGGGCUCGCGAAGUACAUAGAUUACAAUGAUAUUCAUGUAACCACCGCUGUUCGCGGUACAAUCGGGCACAUAGCUCCUGAAUAUCUCUCAACAGGUAAAUUGUCAGAUAAAACAGAUGUGUUUGGGUAUGGAGUUAUGCUUCUGGAGAUCAUAUCCGGGCAGAUGGCCUUUGAUCUUGCCCGCCUUGCCAACGAUGAUGAUGCUAUGCUGCUCGACUGGGUGAAAGAGCUGCUAAAGGACAAGAAAUAUGAGACAUUAGUAGACACAGAUCUUCAAGGAGGCUUUGUUGAAGAGGAAGUGGAGCAGCUAAUCCAGGUAGCUCUUCUCUGCACACAAAACUCGCCAUUGGAGCGCCCCAAGAUGUCUGAAGUUGUACGGAUGCUAGAAGGCGACGGCCUGGCUGAGAAAUGGGAGGAGUGGCAGAAGAAAGAAACUUUCCGGGCAGAUCUCAUCGACAAUUCCACUUCAAAUAUCCGGCCAGAUGAGCUGUUUGGCUCGAGAUGAUGAACCUCCAUUCCUUCUUCCAUCACCAAA